UAGACUCUAGACCAAUAGCCUGGGCAAGUGUAUUCAGCUCGAGUUUGGAGGAGGGCCUCCAGAUAUCUGCUCAAACACGAGUAUAUUUACUCAGGGUUAGGUCCAACCCAGCGCUUAUUACAGUCUGUGAGUGCUACAAGUACUUUUGCUGAUCACAGAAUUAAACAAGACCAACUCAAACUCUGUACGCACACAUAUGAUUAGGAUAAGUGUUUGGUCAUUCAAUUUAGCGUACUCUCUCCUAGUGAACUGUGUGUGGAAGUGUUAGCCAUGCGACCUCAGAUGACCUGUUGAGUUCCAGUGGCCGAGACCUGGUGUCCUUUCCUAGUGACUCUGAAAUCUCCGCGUCGCUCCUAGCACCGAGCUAGAGGCCAUCCAAAAAUUUCUGUGUCAGUGCUACCCCCAACCUCAGUGAAAGAAGUGAAGUGCAUAUCGGUCUAGAAUAUGUGAAGUUUCUAUAUUACUUUUUCUAGUGUUUGUUUUUUUGAACAUUUAAAAACCGUCACGAUGAUUUCUCAAAAAUUGUACAGUGAUUCAAUGACUCCCAUGACGAGUGUUCCACCCCCUGUGUCACCCAUGACACAGCCACACUAUAACAUGAACGCCAUGAAUCCUAUGAUGAUGAAUGGAUACCAGCAACGCUUGCCUCCUAACAUGGAUUUUUCUUCGAGUAUGGGUGGUAUAGGGGGUAUGGGAAUGGGUGGUCAGUGUAUGAGUCCUGGUAUGGGUGGAAUGGGCACAUUUUCUCCCAUGAAUCCAUCCAUGCCACAAAUGAAUAGCAUGAGUGGAUGCAUGUCUGCUGGGAUGGGAGGAAUGGGAGCUAUGAACCAAAUGAUGCCAUACGGCAGAGAACUGCCCGAGUCCGAUAGCCCUGUCACGAAUGCUCUGCAAAGAGCAAGACAAGAUAAAACCUACCGUCGUUCCUACACUCAUGCAAAACCCCCUUACUCAUACAUUUCUCUCAUUACAAUGUCGAUACAAAAUGCACCAAGUAAAAUGGUCACACUUGCAGAAAUUUACCAGUUCAUCAUGGAUUUGUUUCCAUAUUACCGGCAAAAUCAGCAACGGUGGCAAAAUUCCAUACGCCAUUCGUUGUCUUUCAACGACUGUUUCAUCAAGAUCCCUAGAACUCCUGAUAAGCCCGGAAAAGGAUCUUUCUGGUCUUUGCAUCCAGACUCUGGUAAUAUGUUUGAGAACGGCUGCUAUCUGCGUCGGCAAAAGAGAUUCAAGGCAGAGAAAAAAGAGAAAAAAUCGGUUUCAGGGUCAGGAAUUGCAUCGCAAUCUUUGUCCCACAACCAGUCGCCAGGAGGGGCAGGCAAAAAUCAUGAUAGUAACGAAGAAGAAACAAAAACACACGACGUGAACAUGACUUCGCCUGCAUCUUCUGUAGCAAACGGCGCACAUCCCAGCCACCUUCACCAGCAUCCUCCACCUUCGAAUUCUGACAAUGUUACCAGUAGCAUGAGUCAACUUUUAGAGGCGGCUACGAAGUUAGAACCUUCUGAAAAUCCUUACCACUCACUUCCUCCCGCAGCUACACCACUCACCGAUAAAUAUGUUCCUUGUGAUAAAUAUAACCAAGUUGACAAGUAUAACCACCUCCAGGAUAAAUAUCAGCUCCAUGACAAGUAUCCAAUUAGUGACAAAUACCAGCCGUUGACUGACAAGUACGGCCAAGACAAGUAUACGGAUCACAACGGCCAUUCUCUUCAUCAUCAGAUACCUCACGAUCUCGGCCCAGCGCUGCAUCCUUCUCUGCUCGGCUAUCCAAAAGACUAUCCCAACGGUCAUGCCAAAGACUACGGGAACUACUUGAAGGAAUAUAACCAACUGAAGGAUUACCAUCCAUCCGUCCACCCCUUUAGCAUAACGUCCAUCAUCGCCCCCCACGGAGACUCGAAGGACUAUAACGGCUAUGGGGCGCUGAGCCCAUUGCCCCCGGUGUCUUCAGCCACGGCUUCACACCACAACAUGAUCCCUGACCAGCAUUACUAUCCUCCUCUCUACCACAAUUCUUCCACUACGGCUCUUUGAUAAUUAAUCAUUAAGUAUGUAUUUAGCAAUUUUCUUCACGCUCUGAAAAAGGUCCCGUGGUUAAGUAAGCUGUGUUGGUGUUAUAUUAGCGACCUCGUGAUGGUAGUGUCAUUACAGGCUUUUUUUGUUUUGGUUUACAGUGUGUUCGCGGUUAGAAAUGUAAUUAAUUUUUUUAUUUAAAAGUUAAGAAUUGGUU